AGGCAGUGCAAUGAUAUGAUACUAUUAGCGGGAUCAAAUAUGGUCGCCUGAAUGCUCAUGCUGUCGUCGUCAUCAUCACCGCAGUCCUCCUCGCCAAACCAUCUUCCACAUCAUCCACCAUGUCCCGCCUUCCCCCGCUCGUCAUCGACAAUGGCACGGGUUACACCAAGAUGGGCUUCGCCGGUAACUCGGAGCCCUCGUUCGUGUUCCCGACCGUAAUCGCGACUAAGGACGCUGCUUCUACCUCGAGUAGCUCGACGGGGCGUCGCCCUGCUCCGCCAGUCGCGGCUAAGCCCGGUCAUCUCGCGAGCAAGCGCGGCAUCGAGGACCUUGACUUCUUCAUCGGCGACGAAGCUGUGGCCAACUCGAAGACCUACUCGCUUCACUACCCCAUUCGUCACGGCAUGAUCAACAACUGGGACCAGAUGGAGCGAUUCUGGGAGCAGAGCAUCUUCAAAUACCUCCGCGCUGAACCCGAGGACCACUAUGUGCUGCUCACCGAGCCACCGCUCAAUCCGCCCGAGAACCGCGAGAACACUGCCGAGAUCAUGUUCGAGUCGUUCAAUGUCGCAGGUCUUUACAUUGCGGUACAGGCUGUAUUGGCGCUCGCAGCGUCGUGGACGAGCUCCAAAGUUACCGAGCGCACGCUGACCGGUGUGGUCAUCGACUCGGGAGAUGGUGUUACCCACACUAUCCCCGUGGCUGAAGGCUAUGUCAUCGGCUCGUCGAUCAAGCACGUCCCCAUUGCUGGUCGCGACAUCACCUCCUUCGUCCAGCAGCUCCUCCGUGACCGUGGAGAGUCGGCACAGAUCCCUCCAGAGGACCAGCUCCGUGUGGCCGAGAAGAUCAAGGAGGAUUACACCUACGUGUGCCAGGACAUUGUGAAGGAGUUCAGAAAGUACGACGCCGACCCAUACAAGUAUUUCGCGCGGUUUUCUGGCGAACACUCUGUGACUGGAAGGAAAUACGAGCUUGACGUCGGCUAUGAGCGCUUCCUGGCCCCCGAGAUCUUCUUCAAUCCCGAGAUUUACUCGUCCGACUUCCUCACGCCCCUUCCCGAGGUGGUCGACACCGUGAUUCAGACGUCGCCUAUCGACGUCCGCCGCGGACUGUACAAGAACAUUGUUCUCUCUGGCGGUUCGACAAUGUACAAGGACUUUGGCCGGCGUCUGCAGAAGGAUCUCAAGACAAUUGUGGACUCCCGCAUCUCCCUCUCCGAGGACCGCUCGGGCAACCUGAUGCGCUCGUCAGGCGUCGAGGUGAAUGUGAUCUCGCACAAGCGCCAGCGCUAUGCGGUGUGGUACGGUGGCAGUCUUAUGGCGUCUCUUCCUGAAUUCUACAAUGUGUCGCACUCGCGCGCCGACUACGAAGAGUACGGCCCUAGCCUCGUGCGCCGUUUCUCGGUCUUCGGCAGUGCGUCGUAGGCUGUAGGUGGGGUAUCAUAUCAUACCACAUAAGAGGCCGCGUGGGGCUACUAGAGUCGAGGAGUUGUAGGAAGAUGAAUGCGUGCGAUUGGA